AUUUGGCUACAACAGAAGUUGCAGAUGGUUUUAUUCUGUGUAUGUGUCGUUAUUUUUAUCCUGAUGGAAACAAUAAAAAACUACUCUAAAACAACGACGUAUGACUUUGUCGAUAAUGUAUUUUUAUUACUCAAUGUUUCAUCUGUUUUGGCCUGCUGUUUAAGGAUCCUUUCAAAUAGCGGAGGGAGUCUCGAACCAGUAGCUGCAUCAUCGUGAUCCCAGUGUUGUGUCUGAUAGUGUGUGACAAGGGAGAUCAUCAGAUUAACAUGAUACAGCUGUUAAGUUUGCCGCAUGAAGUCAUUCUGCAAAUCCUGCAGCAUCUCCCGUCCAGCUCACUCCUCGCCUGUAUCAGCGCUCACCCAACGUUCGAGAGGCUCAUUGUGACGUCAUCGUUUCUUGACUCGCACGCCCGACGGACCUUGGGACUGCCAGACAAAAGGGACAGUGAUGUGAAGUACGAGCUACUGCCUGAUGUGAAGAACCCCCAGAUGAAACUUUGGUUCCUCGCCCACAACGCCAUGCUGUCCAUCCACGACCACAGCAAAUCAUUCAUCAAAGACGGAGGUCUGUUCUUCCUGUUGGAAUGCCUGCGUCACUCCCAACUCACUUGGCUAGUGCAAGCCGUCAGUCCCCAAAAAAUGUACGUCGAUCUGUACGGUGCCAAGCACGUCAGUUCUGAGUUGAUGUUCCAGUAUAUUUCUCACCUGCCGAAAGGUGUUAUCCAGGUGCUGACCAAAUUGACACUAGCUUUCCCGAGAGUUCUCACCUGGACCAUACUAUCCACCUGUUUCUCUCUCCACCGCGGCAGACCUGCUCAGCUUAAAGACUUAUGGCAUGAAGGUUUCUCAGAAGAGUUCCGCACCAAAUUUGACCCGGAGUUUUGUAUGGAGAUAAUAUGCGGACAAACAACCGAAAGUUUUGCUAAGUUGGCCGCGAUGGCUGUUUUGUUCUGCGAGAAGAAUUUUGUGGUGUGGACGGGGUCCGUGGCCCAGUUUCCCGGAUGUAAGUUUGAAGAAACAUGGACGCUGGUGUGUUUGGACAUGUCGAGUGACGUCACGACUAUCGCUGAGAAAUGCGGCGAUGCUAUUUAUAACCUGGAGCAGCGCACGACGCCGGAAGAGAAUGUGAACAGCCAAUGGAAGAGGCAGAAUUUUUACCCGGGGGUAUGUCACGACCUGCAUCAGGCCUACCGCAGUGACGUCAUCGCUUCCAUCCACAAAAAACAAAUCCAAGUUUCCGACCUGCUGGGUGGGACCUUGCAGCAUCGACACAAAUUAAAAACAGCGUCAAUUCCGGAUCUCUUAACUGCUGAGAUAUUUUUACAUAAUAUCUACGCCACUUUAAAACAAAACCAGCGCCAUCUUGAAAGUAGGCGUGGCUUGCACGACCACAGCCCGCAGACGAUAAGACGGUGCGUGGAGCAGCAGGUGGGGGCGUGGUUCCGUGACGACAUCCUGCCUUACGUCACGGACCACGAGACACACCAGGUGCUGUGUCGCAGGUGUGGUCAGCUGUGGUUCCCCAGCCGUGUGUCCAUCGAGCAGUGUGUCGCCCAGUUCGCGUCUGACCCGCUACUGCCUUACGAGUUGUGGCCCCUCCACACACUGGUGGAUGCUAAAUCAGUGCUGACUGCCGCCUGCCAACUACUGUCAGUUGUAAACAUCAUAUGAGGUCUUUUGGGUUAGCCGUACCCAUACACUGCUGUCUGCCAACUACUGUGUCCGUUGUAAACAUCAUAUGAGAUCUUUUGGUUAGCCGUACUCAUACCCAUACAGAUAUAUAUUAUAAUGUUUCUUUGCAUACUUGAUUGAUACUCAGACCUGAAGUGACCUGAUAUGAGGUCACCAUAUUAGAGUGGGCUUGGGACAGUAAAACACGAAAGAAUAGAAUAAAGAUCUUAGUCCGAUGUCGCUUCGUCCAUCCGUCUCUAAUGGGUACCAGACUCUUGUUAGGGAAAGUAAAGUUGCCUGGGCAUAGUGCUGAUCACAUCAUUCCUUCAACUGGCUAAGAAACAUAAACUCUACUG